CCUCCGUCAGUCUGGUCUGUCUCUCCGGUCCGGACUGCAGAACAGCUGGACCCCAAUCGGCCCUUCACACGGGACACGGAUCCAGGCUGACCUCUUCCACAGGUAGGAGUCCCGUCGCCAGUGAGCUCCACUGACAGGGUGGAAUGGAGAGAGACGUGGAGCUGCAGCAGCCGCUGGUGGUUCAGUCGCAGCCGGGGGGAGCGCCGGAGCCCGGGCAGUGGAGCACCGGACUGUGCGACUGCUGCAGCGACGUCGGCGACUGCUGUUUUGCUCUCUGGUGCCUCCCGGUGUUCGUCUGCAAGACCACGGGUGCCGUGGGGGCGUGUCCGUGCCUGCCGCUGCUGGACUGCGUGGGGUGCGUCCCGUCCGCGUCCCUGGCCAUGCGGGCCACCGUACGUGCGCGGUACGGCAUCAAGGGCAAUGUCUGGAGCGACUGUUUCUAUGGCUGCUGUUGCUAUGCCCUGUCCUGGUGUCAGAUCUCUCGCGAGAUGAAGCGCCGCGCACUCCUUCCCUAAACUUCAGGAGAAGGGUUCAAGCUACACUCUGCCACGACCUCUCCCCUUAAUACGCCCCCCCCUCCUCCCUCCACCCCCCUACAGCCCUUACCUGUCCAAGCCCCUACACCUUCCUCCCACCCUACCUGAGUUUUCUGAAGUGUCUCCUUAUUACAGCGUUUUACCUUGAAGCUGAUAUCUACUAAGAAUCAUCACACGAAUGAUAAACGUAUUAUUAUAAUUGUUUUGUACUUUUCUAAUUAAAACAUCAUCUGUCCUGCUGGCACGUCUUCUUGCACUUUGCAUGUCUCCAAGGACAUUUGUCUCCUGAAAGCUGUAACAAAAAAAAAUAAAUAAAUAAAUAAAUAAAUAAAAAGAUUAGAUAUUGGGACCCUGGGCGACAACUCCAUGGGAAUGCCUGGGAAUACAGAUUGGUCGCCGUACGGGAAUGAGGCCAGCCGAGACGUGACGGAAUUUAAAAGAGGAAUGCAGAGGGAGGGUGAGAGAGGGGGGAGGGGCGAGAGAGGUGUGGGAUGCAGUGAGGAGGUGAUAUAUGAGGGCUUUCAUCCGUGUCACAGGUUGGCCCGGAAACCGUGGAGUGGCGGGUUUGGCGGGUUUGGUCGCUUGGGGCUUCUCAUUUCCACCGUCUUUAAUUUUCACCGGAUGCCGAUUUAAUUUAUCUAUUUCUUUU